AAAAAGACUCAAGUAAAAAAACUGAAGUUGCAAUCUAUAUAACAUCCAGUUUAAAAUUAAUUCAAAUGAACACAUUUGAAACAUGGUGGGUGGUGUUCAUGAAGGAUUAGUUGAGUUCUAAAAUUAUUUUUUGGAGCAGCAUCAUUAGAGGAACUGCAACUGAACCAACUUGUAGAGUUUCUUCUUCCCCGGUCACCUCUGCUGUUUCAUCGACCAGCGAUGGUUCCCCCGCGACCUGCUGCUAACAAGCCCCACGUCUGCCUAACGGCGGUCCUCAUCAUGACCAGCCUGGCACUGAUAGAUGCCUACCUGGUGGAGCAGAAUCCGGGUCCUAGGAGGAUCGGCGUGUGCGUCACCGUGCUGGCGGGAGACGCGUGUUUCCUCAUUGUGCUGCGAUAUGUUGGCGUCUGGGCUGGGUCAGAGGUGCACACGGCCAGGCGAGGCUACGCCAUGAUCCUCUGGUUCUUCUACAUCUUCAUCCUGGAGAUCAAGGUCUACUUUGUAUAUCAGAACUACAAGUCUCAGGACGUGAAUGUAGAUGCGGAGAUGACAGAUGCGGCUGUGUCCCGGAGGGCUCUUACGUUGCUGUUGUCUGUCUGCAUGCCCAUCGUGUUCAUAACACUGGCAGCGAUAGAUCAUUUGGAUUACUUACGGUCGCAUAAGAAAAGAGAGGAGAUAAGAAGUCGUCUCUUCUGGGUGGUGGUGGACCUGCUGGACGUUGUGGACGUUCAGGCCAACCUGUGGGAGCUUCAGAGGGAAGGGCUCCCCCUGUGGGUGGAGGGACUGAUGUUCUUCUACUGCUACAUCCUCCUGCUGGUGCUGCCCUGCGUCUCCCUAAGUGAGAUCAGCAUGCAGGGUGUGAACAUCGUCCCGCACAAAAUGAUGCUCUACCCCAUCCUCAGUCUCGCCACCAUCAACGUCAUCACUCUGCUGAUUCGAGGGGGAAACCUGCUGAUUUACGGGGACAUCCGAGUGUCUGGGAUCAUGAUGGGCAAGAAUGUGGUCGCUAUCGUCGUGAAGAGCUGCAGCCUGGUGCAGUACAGAAAACAUCAGCCAGCUUCUCCUCCUGCAGAUCGAGGAGCCGAGAUGCAGAAGAACUCUCUGGGCGAUGUUCAGAUUUCCAACACGCAGCCAGUGGUGCUGCCUAGAGUCGUGAUCGAGGACUUCACCACCAUACCAGAGGAGGAGGAGGAGCAGGAGGAGGAGGAGAGUGAUGACAGUGUGAGCAACCAUGAGUGAGGACAAGACAAAGGCAGGAGGAACAACCCUCCAUAAUGACCCUGUGAGCAGCAACGGGUCAGGACCAUUUACAGGAUCACAAUUACAAAAUGCACAACCGAAAACAUCUUUUGUUGCAGUUUCACCGUUACUGACUCACUUUAGUUGAAUAAACCUAAAUAAAGAUCAGCAAAAACAAAUUAAAAGUACCCCCCGCUCUGCCGUUGGUUCUCUCUAAUGGACCUUUUUUAUUGUUUUUUGUUACAGCAGUGGCUGAUCGUGGAGCUCUCCCAUGGGUUGCUCUCCACCUUCAGCUCCAGUCACUGCUGCUUGGCAUAAAACACAUCACUACCUCUUCACCAGCUUGCGAACGUCACCACAGACACCAGAUAAAAACUCCGAUAAACUGCCAGUACAGAGAGGUUUACCUGGCGGUGGGAGGGUUGAUCAGCAUUGUGGGAACUUGUUUGGUGAGGGCUUUAAUGCAAUGGAUGUUGUCUGACUUUAUCUUCUGUCAGUAAUGUUUUAUAACAUGACUGAACAGGUGUUUCUUUAUUGCUGCUUUCACAUGUUGUUUUUGUGUAAUAAUUAUUUGUGGAUUUGGUGUCAGAUCGGAGGUUCUGCUGUGUUCGUGCGGUGUUGGUUACUGGACUUUACCUCCUGACUGAACCUUCAGUUCAGCAGCUUCUUUCAUUGCCUCUGCAUUAAAGCUGAGUCUCAGCUCUGUCUGUCAGCAGGUGAACACUUUACUGCCUGAUCGAUACCUUCGUGAAGCAGGUUUCAGCCACAAAAACAUUAGUUCUCACAGAAAAGAAAUGAUGUUGUUAACAAAUAUAAUGAGCGGACU